GUGAUAGCAACAAGGCCCCUCCUUAACUUCAUCGAGCCGCGCUUUGCAAACGCCAGUUCAGGCUGCCCUCUUCCACGAUCCAUUCCGCCAGUUGGAAGAAACUCACCGGGGGGGGGGGGGGGGAGAGGCCACCUUGCCAUGCCUUUGUGCCCUCGUCUAUCUACUCACCCCUCCCGCCAAGCCGUCUGACUCUCCGCAAGUCAGGCACGUGGCGCGAGAUAGCCACGCUCAGGGCUCAGGAUCGGAGAGCAGAGAAAUGCUGCAAGUUCGUGGGUCGUCUGGAAAGACCGCUUCCCCGCCCCUUCCUGCUCAAGAAACUUCUGCUUGCUGUCGAGGAGAGCGCCCGCCUGCUACCCAGCGGUGGUGAAUUCGGCUGCUGAGCUGACUCAUGUGGCGCACCCGCCGGGCGCCAGGGCUGGGAGCCCCAAAGCCGCAGGGAUCCGUUGUGCGCGGCGCCGCUGAUUGGAGCUGCCAUCCCGCCGGCCCUCCUCGUCGGCCCGCUUCGUAAUCAGCUUUCUCUCCUCUCCUGGAGGUGACCCGUUUCGCUGGUCACGCUCAGGCCGGUGGCAGCAGCCCUCGCCUCGUGGAGCGCAAAGUAGCAGGGAAGAAAGACAAGCAAGGCGCUUGCCUCGUCUGGCCUGAUGGUGGCGACGGGUUCUUCCGCGGCCAAGCGGGAAAACUUUGGCCCGGGGCUUGGGGUUGCUCCGUUGCGGUCGCGCCGUGCCGGCUGAAGUCGCCGCAAGGCAGUAGCGGCCGCCGCACGCGAAGAGCCUCUGCAAGUCGCGCUGCUUUCCCGCUUUCCUGUCCCCCCGGCCGGCUCCGGGAUGGAGUGGGGCAGCCUCGGUUUUGAGUGCCGUCCCGCCAGCUCCAGCGAGAUGUGAGCUCUGCUGCUGUUGCGACGAGGGCUGGAUGGCCGCGGCGAGUCCAUGAAACUGCUCCACGGAGAGCUGCCCUUUGGUCCGCGCGGGAGAAGGGCUCUUCUGGGGGUCUCGGCUCCUUAACAGGUGGCGGUGAUCAUGGGGGCCAACGACACUGCAGGCACAUCCAACGACACCUCGGAAAUUCAGGAAGGGGAGCCGGACUACAAUUUCACCGCGCUGAUCUUGGGGAUCUUCCUGAUCCUCUUCAUCAUCGGUGGGAACUUGCUGGUGUGCCUCAGCGUCUACACGGAGAAAGCCCUGAAGACCACCACCAACUACUUCAUAGUCAGCUUAGCUGUGGCAGACCUGCUCUUGGCCAUCCUGGUGUUACCUCUCUAUGUCUAUUCAGAGUUCCAGGGAGGUGUGUGGUCAAUGAGCACAGUCCUGUGUGAUGCCUUGAUGACAAUGGAUGUGAUGCUGUGCACAGCCUCCAUUUUCAAUCUCUGUGCAAUCAGCGUAGAUCGGUUCAUUGCUGUCUCCAUUCCAUUGAACUACAACCGGCGGCAAAUUGACCUGAGGCAACUGAUCCUGAUCUCCACCACCUGGAUCUUUGCCUUUGCUGUGGCUUCUCCAGUCAUUUUUGGUCUCAACAAUGUUCCUGAUCGGAACCCAACUUUGUGUCAGUUGGAAGAUGACAACUAUGUUGUGUAUUCCUCCAUUUGUUCCUUCUUCAUUCCUUGCCCUGUCAUGCUGGUUCUCUACUGUGCCAUGUUCCAGGGACUCCGGCGCUGGGAAGAGGCCCGAAAGGCCAAGCUAAAGAGCAGCAUUUACUUGGGCAACAGGAAGCUGUAUUAUCCACCUCCUGUCAUUGAGAGGAACCAGACUGAGGUCAAGUUGGAGGAACAUAACCUGUGUGCUCACUCCGAGUGUGCUUUUCGCAGGGAUUAUGUGAACAGUAGCAUUAAGACUGUGUCCUACCCACACCUCAGAUUUCCACCACCUGUAGGACUCAAAAGGAAACGAGCCAAAAUCAAUGGCAGGGAAAGGAAAGCUAUGAAAGUGCUGCCAGUUGUGGUUGGUGUUUUUCUUUUCUGCUGGACUCCUUUCUUUGUGGUUCACAUUACCAGAGCUCUUUGUCGGACUUGCCUCAUCCCUGGCGAAGUCACCAGUGUUGUCACGUGGCUGGGCUAUGUCAACAGCGCUCUCAACCCUAUCAUCUACACUGUCUUCAACACUGAGUUUAGGAACUUCUUCCGCAAAAUUUUGCACAUCUUUUGCUAACGCUGAAUGUAGAAAUGGACUGUGGAUUUAGAACAGAGUGUAUUGUACAGGGCAAGGAGUCAGACAAAUUAAUUUCUUUGUAUAGUUUAUUAAAGUUUUAUUUCUUACUA